GAUCCCACCAUACAGACUCCGAAAGCAGCAUCGCCGAGAGAUGCAAGAAAGUGCCAAAGCAAAUGGACGUGUGCCACUACCUCACAUUCCUCGUACAUACCGAAUGCCAAAGGAUAUCCAUGUCGAACCAGAGAAGUUUGCUGCAGAACUGAUCAAUCGUUUGGAGGAAGUACAAAAGGAACGUGAAGCAGAGGAGAAAUUAGAGGAGCGCCUUAAACGCGUUCGAGCGGAAGAAGAAGGAGAGGAUGCAGAUAUCUCUUCUGGUCCCUCAGUCAUUAGCCACAAGAUGCCUUCCGCCCAAGCCUUUCAUCACUUUGCUCCUCGUUACUCUGAGAUGGGCUGCGCUGGGAUGCAGAUGAGAGAUGCCCACGAAGAAAACCCAGAAAGCAUCCUCGAUGAACAUGUACAGCGUGUGAUGAAAACACCAGGCUGCCAGUCUCCAGGUCCUGGCCGCCACUCGCCUAAGCCACGGUCCCCAGAAAGCGGCCACUUAGGAAAGCUUUCAGGGACACUUGGAACAAUUCCUCCAGGGCACAGCAAACAUGCAACUAAAUCAGGAAUGAAACUGGAUACAGCUAACUUAUACCACCAUAAACACAUCUACCACCACAUCCAUCACCACAGUGUGAUGAAACCAAAAGAGCAGAUCGAGGCCGAGGCCACGCAGCGAGUGCAGAACAGCUUUGCUUGGAAUGUAGAUUCACAUAACUAUGCAACAAAGUCACGAAACUACACUGAAAACUUGGGCAUGGCACCUCUCCCCAUGGACUCUUUAGGCUACAGUGGGAAAGCAAGUCUGCUCUCAAAAAGAAAUGUUAAGAAGACCGAUUCAGGGAAAAGUGAUGGUGCCAACUAUGAGAUGCCAGGAUCUCCUGAAGACGUGGAGAGAAACCAGAAGAUCCUUCAGUGGAUCAUAGAAGGAGAGAAGGAGAUCAGCAGGCAUAAGAAAACAAACCACGGCUCUUCAGGUGCUAAGAAGCAGCUGUGCCAUGAUAUGGUCCGACCCCUCUCCAUUGAGCGGCCUGUUGCGGUGCAUCCGUGGGUCAGUGCCCAGCUCCGGAACAUCGUCCAGCCUUCUCACCCCUUCAUCCAAGAUCCUACCAUGCCACCCAAUCCAGCCCCCAACCCUCUCACCCAGCUGGAAGAAGCUCGCAGGAGGUUGGAGGAGGAGGAAAAAAGGGCUGGAAAACUUCCUGUUAAACAAAGGUUGAAGCCCCAGAAGAGACCAGGCAGUGGUGCGUCCCAGCCAUGUGAGAACAUUGUGGUCGCCUACUACUUCUGCGGAGAGCCGAUCCCUUACCGCACCCUCGUCAAAGGGCGCGUGGUGACACUGGGACAGUUCAAGGAGCUGCUGACCAAGAAAGGGAACUACAGGUAUUACUUUAAGAAAGUGAGUGACGAGUUCGACUGCGGUGUGGUCUUCGAGGAGGUGCGAGAGGAUGACACCAUCCUGCCCAUCUUCGAAGAGAAGAUCAUCGGGAAGGUGGAGAAGAUUGACUAAGCUCCAGGGCUGCUGCAGCGUGAGGACGGGACUGUGAAAGACUCUGGGACCGGAGGAGAGGGCCUGGGGCAGACGCUGGCUACUGCUGCAGGCACCAGGUGAGCCCAGGGCAGAGGGCAUCCGCCUGCUCCAGCACGGACCUGGGCCAGCUCCGGGUCACCGGUGGACGUCGUUUCACCCAUGAACCUGCCAGUGGGAGCCCAGGCUCCCUCUCCAUACAGAAUAUAAGUGUAAUGUAGCAUUGUACAGUGCAUUAGAAAGUGUAAUAUGACCUUGUUUACUAAAGCUGCAUAUUUUUGAUAUAUUGUAAUAAAAGGAAAAUAUUUCCAAUGUCA